AUGACGGACUGGGCAGCACGGCAUGAUGCUAGAGAACUUUCGGCUCCUGCAUCUGCCUCUCAAAUUGGACGGACAGGUGAACUGUUGGUCUGCCUAUGGGAUCUCUCGUGUAUAUACAAGAAGGGCCGCACUGUGCUUCUAAAGAGAUUUGGCAUGGUCCCUUAUCAGCGUUUUGUUGAACGUCCGGUGUUAGGCGGCCAGCUGAGAGGGCAUCGUUGGGAUGAGGACUGUCAAAUCGGAGCGUUGCCCGCUCUUCAUGGAAAGCAUGGCAACAUAACCAAGUCAGACAUAAGCAUUGCCGACAGAGUUACGUUUUGUGGCAUUCUAGUUGCAAAGUCAAAAGUGUGA